AUGCUAAGCCCAUAUAGACUCCAAUGGUUGAAUGACAGUGGUGAACUGAAAGUCAACAAACGAUGCAUGAUUUUCUUAAAUAUUGGUAGGUAUGUGGAUGAUGUUCUUUGUGAUGUGGUUCUUAUACAAGCUUGUCACAUCUUGUUAGGUUGUCCGUGGCAAUAUGAUAGGAAUACUUUUCAUGAUGGAAGAAAGAAUAGAUAUUCUCUUGAACUUAAUGGCAAGAAGUAUACUCUUGCAUCUUUAAGUCCUUCUCAAGUGUUUGAGAAUCAAAAGAGAUUGAGAGAAAUAAUGGAAAAACAAAGGGGAGAAAAAAAAAGUGAGCUUGAGGGAAAAGAAAAGAAAGAAGGCCAAGAGCUAGAAAAAAAAGAGAGAUGGUCAAGAGAGAGAGAGAGAGAGAUCAACAACUUGAGCAAAGUGGUAAAAGAGGGUUUGAGUGAUAAAAAGGAAAGUUUUGGUGAGCGGAAAGAGGCAAAGGAAAGAAAAAGGAGAGAUUUUGAUGAUAUCUUCUAUGAGGAUAUCCCUAACGGUCUACAACCUUUGCAUGACAUUGAGCAGUAA